AUGGAAAUAAAUUCUUUGGUGGACUUGGGUUUCAGUGGUCAAUGCUUUACUUGGGAGAAAAAUUGUGGAGAUAACAUGAUUGUCAGGGAAAGACUUGAUCGUGCUCUUGGUAAUGUUGACUGGAUCGUGCGCUGGCCAAAUACGCAGGUUGCGCAUGGCUUGAGAUUGGGCUCAGACCAUUGCCCUUUAAUUAUUAACAAUAAUCCAACUGUAUGCAAAGCUAAGAAAUUGUUUCGCUUUGAGGCUAAGUAG